CUGUGGAUCAGUCAUCAGACGUCAGAAUGUUUGGAAAAGUUGAUGUAAAGUGGUGUUAGAUACAAUUUUAAACAAUUUACCAAUUUACGUGUAACAAGGAUCCAUUAACAAAUAUGAUACCAAAUUUGAUGUGUAAACAAUGAAUAAGUUCUGUGUAUCAAAUCGUAAGUGCCGCAAUAUCUCUAUUCUCUGUAGCGAAGUCCCCGCAUAACGCCACACCUUCUAAUUAGAACAAACAGGAAAGAAACUUUAAAAGGAGUUUGAGUUGGUUCUGGUGUUGUGGGUGACUGUGACACGAUGGCUGAACUGGCCGCUCUUCUAAGGUCGGAAAUUCCGGAGGGCAGAAGUAGCCUAUCAGAUAAUCAUACCAACUUGCAAAGAGUUGCUGAAUACUGCGAGGCCAACUAUUUUCAAACUGAUAAUAAGCCUGGAGCUUUGGAAGAAACGAAGAAUUAUACGGCUCAGUCUUUGGCGAGUGUGGCCUAUCAGAUCAAUACUCUAGCGUACAAUUUCCUGCAGUUAUUGGAUAUGCAGACGGCCCAACUAGCGGAAAUGGAAAGCCAAAUGAACCACAUCUCACAAACUGUCAUGAUCCACAAGGAAAAGGUGGCACGGCGCGAAAUUGGAGUUCUAACAGCAAACAAGAGUACCAACAGGCAGUACAAGAUCAUUGCACCAGUCAAUCCAGAAAAGCCUAUUAAAUAUUUACGAAAAGCCAUUGAUUAUACCAUUUUUGACGAUAUUGGCCAUGGGGUGAGAAGUGGUGGUACCCCUAGGCAGAAGCAAAGAGGUUCCAGUUCAGGCAGUAUUCAUUCUGUUAAUUCUAUGCCCGGAAAUCUGAUGGUAGGCCCUGCACCUACCACCAAACCGCCCACACCUCCUCAAGUUUCACGGACAUCAAGUAAAGUUUCUGUGUCUGGUGGCACUUUGUCAAAAAAUAGCAGGGAGUAUCGCACUCCUCCAGCAGUGGCUCCCCCGCAGGUGCCGAGUCAUUAUGCUCCCAAUUACCCGAUGGGUCACCCCAGACGAGAAAGGGGUCCUGGAUACAGCGCCUUGCCUAUGGCAGGGGCCCAGGCACAACCUCAGGUUGGUAUGGUCCAUCCGAUCACUCAGCACAAUCAGCAGGGCAUUAUUCAACCGCAAACGCCGCCUCCACCGCCACCCCCCAAUUCAGGAAGCAACUAUGGAGCACAUGACUUACACAACAUGCCGCCACCGCCUUCGCCCUUAAUAAAUUCCCAAGAGAUGGUACUCAGUUCGAAUCAGCAUCAUCCCAUGAUGAUGGGUGGGCAUCACGGUCCUGUGCCCCAUGGCAGUUUAGGGAUGCACACGCUAUCCCAUGCACAGGGGCACCGAAUGAGUCAGGCAUUGCAGCAGCAGCUAUUGUUCCAGGCUGCUUCCAGAGGGAGUGGCUCGCAAUCGCCUCCACUUCCUCCGCCACCUCCUCCGGACGACGAGCACGAAGCUUUUGGACGGCCGCGCGCGUCAUCCGGAGUAAUGCCAAUUGUUCCGGAUGAGGAUGAUCUUCCCGGGUGGGUCCCUAAGAACUACAUUGAAAAGGUUGUAGCCAUUUAUGACUACUACGCCGAUAAGGAUGAUGAGCUGAGUUUCCAAGAAAGCGCCGUCAUCUACGUGCUGAAAAAGAAUGAUGAUGGAUGGUGGGAGGGGGUCAUGGAUGGCAUUACCGGGUUGUUCCCCGGCAAUUACGUAGAGCCUUGUGUUUAAAGCAGCAAAAUGGAUGGUAGUUCGGAUUUGACUAUGUAUGUAUUUUUUAGUAACAGAUAUUAUUGCAUAAUCGGGUUAAAGUAAUUUAGAUUCUUCAAUAAAUAUUUAAUGUAAAUCUCA